CUCAGUCGCCGGUUGGCAAAUGACCGUGUUGGAUGAGCUGUCAAAUUUCAUAGCAACCUAAGCCUAGGUCGACAAAUCGAAGAAUUUAUCUAGCUAGGGAUUUUCACUGGCUCAGGCGAAAAUGGCAAAGAAACGAAGAGAAAGACGAGAGGUCAACAAUGUAUCAUCUGUACACGAAGAAGGGAAGACAAAUCCUGAUGAACAAGUCAUCAAAGAAACACAGUACCCUGGAGGGGGCUCGGCUCGCAAGUCCCUCCUCCUCCUGUUGUCUAUCUUUACCUGUGCCGCCUCAGUCAUGUACCUUGUUUACAGGAAUUUCCCAGAGUUAAGCGAUGAUGAGAUGGAGAAAAUCAAAAUCCCCAAAGACAUGGACGAUGCCAAGGCCUUGGGUACUGUGUUGUCUAAAUAUAAGGAUACCUUCUACACCCAAGUGUUGAUAGCCUAUUUUACCACCUAUGUCUUCCUCCAGACAUUUGCAAUUCCAGGAUCCAUCUUCCUUAGCAUCUUGUCUGGUUAUCUUUAUCCCUUCCCCUUGGCCCUCUUCCUGGUCUGCUUGUGUUCUGGUCUGGGGGCCUCUUUCUGCUACAUGCUGUCCUACCUGGUGGGGAGACCUGUGGUCUACAAAUACCUUACAGAGAGGGCUCAUAAAUGGUCACAACAGGUUGACAAGCACAGAGACCAUCUCAUUAAUUACAUCAUAUUUUUGAGGAUCACUCCAUUCCUUCCGAACUGGUUCAUCAACAUCACCUCGCCUGUUAUCAACGUGCCUUUAGGGGUUUUCUUCCUCGGGACAUUCUUUGGUGUCGCCCCACCAUCAUUUGUGGCUAUCAACGCUGGCACCACUCUGUACAAACUGACCACAGCUGGGGAAGCAGUGUCCUGGAACUCUCUAGCAGUGCUGGGCGUGCUGGCUGUGCUCUCCAUCCUGCCUGUCUGCUUCCAGAAGAAGCUGCAGCAGAAGCUUGAGUAGGGCACACUGGGUAGCUCAGCACGUCAUCUACCUGCCUGAUCCCCCUUCCCCACUCCCUUGGCUCAGGAAUGGUACAUGCAGCAGUCACACACACAUGAGUCCUUCCGUCUCAGUCUCACGCGCCUGCUUGGCUGUUGUGGCAACCUCAUCUUGCCGAAUGGCCCAGCUAUUACUUCUGUGUCCUAAACAUGUUUUGGCCACCUCAAGGAUGUGUUCCACAAACUGGCUUCUACUUCGCCUCAUGAUUGGUGUUUUCCAGUUUGUGUUGGUUCACCUUUUGAGUGAUUUGGCUGUGACGAAGACAUCCGGCAUCUGUCUCUUUUGAAAUUGUUUGAAUUAUUUAUUUUCAACUCUUCUUUUUGACGUUUUGUUUAGUGUGUUUGGAGUUUCUUCAAUCCUUAAGAUCAUUGAACUGUGACAUAAAAGCAAUAUUUCUCAGAGUAGUUGUUUGAAGGUUGUCUUUCCAAUGAAAGUGUUUGCCGUGGGCAGUUUUAUACGCUAGUUUAAAGGAGUGAAUGUCAUUUAAUUGUAUCAUGUUAAAUUAUUAUCCAUAAAAUUCACCCCAUUUGCCAUAAUUGUUAAUGGCACACAAUAGCUACACUAGACGUUUUUAUUGCCGAUCCAAUAUUGGAUCUUCUUGAUUUUUAAUCAUUUGACUUUCCCCUUUAAUUUUCUUAAUGAACAUAUCAAGUAUUGAAAAGAAGUGUUUUGUAUGUGGGUUUUUUUUAACUUGUGCUACAUUUGGUGCAGUGACUGCACUCCUUUUUGCUCUCACUCUUGUACGCUCCAAGUCGUAUGCUGAAGUGUGCGUAGAAAAGUGCAGCAGGGACCUCCACACUAAGGAUGAUCCAUUAGUGCCCAAUUAAAGUUGCCAACUGAUUGAAUUACACAUACUUCUCCUUGCAGUUCAUACUUCCAUUUUGCUACUUCCUGCCUGUGUGGGUUGGAACCAGUAGGCCUACACAUCAGUUGCUGUGAUGCCUAGAUUGUGUGGUGGUUUUGGCUUCUUUGACCUGCUUUAAGAAUCAUUUGCCUUAUAUGAAGAGUAUACUGGAUUUGAUUUCAGAACAAAUACUAUCUGUUGCUGCUCAUA